AUGACAUCGACUUCAGAUCCCGGAUGUGACAACCACAUAACGGCGCUCGCGCCCGAGCUUUGGACUGAAAUCUUCGAGGCUGCCGCCUACGUCCCUGGAGCGCUGCAGUCCGAGUCGUAUGACCCUUUUGGGCGCGUCAUCCCUCUACCGCAGGACGAAGAAGUCGCUGCUGUAAAGCAAGCCAAUAGCACGGCGCAGUCCUUGACACUCGUAUGCAGGCGUUGGCGGGAACUCGCCUCACCGAUCCUGUAUAGGAUUGUUGUAGCAGAGGGCACUGAGGGGCUUCAACGCCUCCACAGGACCCUGGUGUCCGACUUCCAGACAUCUGACGUCGGCCCGUCCCUCCGAGCAAGUGUCCGCAGAUUCAUCUGUGUUCUGGCUACGCCAGGGGACCCCCAACCACCCGACUUGAAGCUACUCGCAGAGCUAAUCAAUGCAAUGCCUGCCCUCGUCAUAUUCAACUUAUGGUCGGACAACAAGUACAGCAUACUACUCUCUUCGAAAGAUGUGCUGUCGGCCACGGCAUCACGAGGGGAGACCCUCCGCGUCCUUCAUUGGACACCUGGCUGUGAAGAUGCUGCUGAUGUAGGGGAGUGGAGGCAAAUGUUAUCGUCCCUGCCCAACCUCAGAAUCCUUAGGCAUGACUGGGGUCCUUAUUUACCCGAACAGAUAUCCUUUCCUCCUUUGCGACUUCCACACUUGACAUGCUCGUCCUGGGGCGACAUUCAGUCUGCAGGCCGUCUGACACCGGAAGAUGAAUUGCCGGCACUACGAACCCUAGAAUUUCGGACCCACUUGCCCAACGUCCCUUCUAGUAUAUGUGAUAAUAUCACUUCACUAUUGGUGCCGGCACUGGAGAUCGAUGUUAGGAUGCAUGUCAAGGAGCUACUUCGCAAAUUACCCAACCUCGUCCACCUCGUGAUGUGGUCACCAGACUGGAGCUUUCUCCCCCGUGCGCUCUCCCUCCCGAUGAUACAGAAAUUGGGCCUUAGCGCGUGGAGAACAGAGCGAAGCAGUGACAGGGAGUACGAGGAUCUCUUUGAGACACUGUUUUCCAUCAGUGCACCAGAGCUGCGAGUGGUGCGCCUCAUUGGUUGGAAGGAAUGGUCAACUCUUCCGCUUGUGGCCCCUCAAACGGUGUCUCGGUUUCAAGAGUUGGCACGGUCCCGUACUUUCAGGGUAGAAGAUACGGACGGCAGGCUUUUGUCCGACCUAUUGGGCCUCAAGUAG